AUGUCCAAGGAAGAACCAGAACUUGACGAGUUAUGGCGUGAAUUCCAAAAUGCCAACGAUGAUAUACAGGAGAAGAGAAACAACGUUAUCAAAGAAAUAAGUAAAAAUACCAUUUUGAAUGAGUACCCUGGAAAAUUAUCCAUCAUGACAGCUUUAGAUGAGCUAAUUGCUUGUUUUUCGUUGGGGGGCCAGUUCAAAAACUACUACAGAUACGGCUCUUAUGAUUCAUGUCAAAGACAAAGGGAGAAGUUUUGGUUUGCUAUAAAACAUGGAUCGUUAGUUGAAGGGAAGGAUAAACCGUUGGAUGAGUUGAAUGAUAAAGAAUUAAACAGUCGAGUCAAAAUACAAGAAUUCUUUAAAAAGCGUCUACUAGAGGACAAAUCCAAAGGAAGUUCAGAGGAUAUUUGGGAUGCGAGAAAAGAGCUACAAAGCUAUCCGUUUAAGUAA